AAUAAUAAAAGGGAUUAGAGAGUGAUUAAAUAAGUACAGUUUUUAUAAAUUGACACGCAUCUUAGGUUUAUGGUCUAGAUUUUCCGUAAUAGACCCCCAGGAUUCUCAGAAAUAUGCUAACGACUGUACACUUGACCGGCAUUAGGAACGCGUGCGCACGUUCUCGGGUUUGAUUUAAUAGAUUUGCCAAUUAGCUUUUCGGUCAUUGAAUCCUUGCUCCGAUUCGGCUAUUAACCGAAUUUAAUAUAAGAAAACUGGAAAAUCGAUCAGGCAUCUGAGUCAUCUGACAUGAUUUACGCUGCAAAACUCGUCAGAUUAUGCAACUCCCUCUUUUUUCGGCAGAUACUUUUUAUAAUCUUUCAGAUCAGACAUUCGGCGUUAGUAACAGAAUAUAAGUAGUAUGUACAUGAUUUUGUUGUUUAUACAUUCAGUUGAUCCCGUAGGGCCUUUAAAUGAUUGGUCACGGCGGUGUUUAGAAAUAGGUACAGCCUUGGUACACCAUUGAUAGCAUCAGCCCAUGUGAUUCUCUCCAAUUGCCGUCCAAAUGUGGGUCUCUAUGAUUGAACUAAUUGUUUGUAGUCAAUUAUCGCCCUUGAUAUUGACAAUAUCAACAUUGAGAGGCCCAUUAUGACAUAAUGAGAUAAAACGCCUGCAUCAUAUUGGAUAACUCAGCCAUUGGUGUGAUUAUUGCUAUGACAUUCAUCGUAGGCGCUAUCUUUCCUUUUCUCAAACUUACCGAUACAAAAUUAUUAUGCCUUAUGGUUUAUUUGCCAUCGAAUUAUCAAAGGCACAAGCUACCAAGUGUAACAUGUGGUAUCAAGCAAUGAUAACUUUACAUUUUUACCUGCAUUUGUGUAUUUUGAGUUAAGCUUUAUGCAAUUUUAAAGUUAGAAGCUUUCGUUUAAGUUCAGAAAUUGCAAUAUCUACUUUUUAGAUUGAUCUAUUUUUUCCAGUUUUAAAAUUUCAAUUUAUUAGUGCAUUUACAUAUCCAGGAAUGCUUACAUUACAGGCGUGGAUAGGUUUAAGUAGGUAUUACAUUAUUAUCAUUUAGUCUAUGUCUUGUUUUUUCAAAUGAACAAUUAGUUUUGGGGUAGAUAGUAAUAACACUGCCAAACGGAGGUAUAAUUAAGAAUCUUGUCGAUGGCCAAACAAAAUGUUUAAAUUCACGUACAUCGGCAGUUGACCUGCCAGUUCCUGAACAGCGAGCAAACUUCCACAUCGUCUUGUAGACCAUUUUCGUGCGGGGCACGUUUUCUUAACCAGAAGAAAUUGCUAGUUUGCAAAUAGAAGAUAGAUAGAAUCUUCAACAUAAGGCGAUCGCCGCGUAAAAAAAAUGUCAUUCAUGCUGGGGCAGCCGGAGGCGGCCAUGUGUGCGGCGGGCGGGUCGGUGUCGGGCGCGGUGACGGCGGCGCUGCAGUUCUUCGCGCUCGCGCAGUGCCUCGUGCAGGAGCCCUGGCCCAAGGCGGCGCAUCCCACAAAUGACACAACCUUCGAUUACAUAGUUGUGGGAGCCGGAACCGCGGGCUCGGUGCUGUCGUCGCGAUUGGCCGACCUGGACGGCGUGUCGGUGCUGCUGAUCGAGGCGGGCGGCGACCCGCCGCAGGAGAGCAUCAUCCCCGGUUAUCAUGACGUGUUAAAAGGGACCAAAUAUGAUUGGAAUUUCACAACCGUUAACGACAAGGUGUCAAGUCAAGCUCUAAAAGGAGGAAGCCAGAAGCAGCCGCGCGGCAAGAUGCUGGGCGGCAGCGGCUCCCUCAGCGACAUGGUCUACAGCCGCGGCCACCCCGAGGACUACGACGACUGGGCCUCCGUGGCGGGCGAGCAGUGGAACUGGAAAAAUGUACUGGAAUAUUUCAAGAAGACGGAACACAUGACCGACGAACAGAUCGUCAACAAUCCUGAGCUCAUGGCCUACCACGGGAUCGACGGCGAAAUAGAAGUCACCGGCACCAACCGCUCGACGUUCGCAACGCAAGUAUUCUUAGAUGCGUUCGCUGAAUUGGGCUUUGAGAAGGUGAAGGACAUGACUAAUCCCCAGAAAAUGGGCACUGGACGAUUUUCGCACACCAUCAGAAAAGGUCAACGCGACAGCGCCGCGACGGCUCUUCUGAACAAAGCUGGAUAUAGCACCAAACUGUCUAUUCUCAAGGAUUCACUUGUGACGAAGGUGAUAAUCGACGAUAAAAAUAAAGCCGUAGGUGUCGAAGUCGUCACAGAUAACGAAAAGAAAAUCUUCAAAGCGGACAAGGAAGUCAUUUUAUCCGCGGGGACGUUCAACACUGCGAAGCUGCUCCUCCUGUCCGGAAUCGGUCCCAAGAAGCAUCUGGAGGAAAUGGGCAUUCCCGUCAUAAAAGAUUUGCCCGUGGGACAUAACUUCCACGAUCACGUUAUGGUCGUCGCGUUUCUGGCCAGCGAAAAGGGGACGUGCACCGAGGAGCAGAAAGACACGUACAUGCACACGAUCGAGUAUCUGCACAGUCGCACCGGCCCGCUGGCCGACACCGACUCGAUGGGCGCCUACAUCGCACUAGAGAGAGAAUCUCAUCCCACCGUCCCGGAUUUCGCCAUGUACCCCACCUGCGUGCCGGUCAACGCCGGUUUUUACAAAGGAUGCCAGGUCUCGCUCGGGUACGAGGACAGGAUCUGCCGGGAGCUCGACAUCCUGAACCAGAACUACGAGCUGAUCCCCGUCGCCGUCGUUCUCCUGAAGCCGAAGUCCAGGGGCAAGGUGACGCUGAACUCGAAGAACCCCUUCGACGCGCCGCUGAUAUACGCGGGCACGUUCAGCGACGAGGAGGACCUGGCCGGCUUCCCGAAGGCGCUGUCGCUGGCGCGCAGCCUGGCCAACGCGACGUACUUCCGCGGCAAGCGAGCCUUCGCGGUGGACCUGAAGCUGGAGGCGUGCGAGGAGCUGAGGGGUGCGGAGGGGUUGAAGUGCCACGCGCGGCAGCUGGCCACGCCGGCGUGGCACGCGGUGGGCACGAGCGCGCUGGGCGCGGUGCUGGACGGCGCGCUGCGCGUGCGCGGCGUGCGCGGGCUGCGCGUGGCGGACGCCGGCGUCAUGCCCGCGGUGGUGCGCGGCAACACCAACGCCGCCGUCGUCAUGGUCGCCGAGCGCGCCGCCGACUUCAUCCAGCGCGAGCUGCGCGCCGCGCCCGGCUACGAGUAUUACGACGUGGAGUAGCGGCCGACGGUCCGGAAGCUUCCUCGCCGGGACCAGAGUGAAUACAAAUGAGUAGGUCAUCUUUAUAGAAACGCACCGAGCGCGGUUUGUAUGUGAGCGCGCCAAUAUACGUAUGCGGCGCGCACGCACACACUGACAAAAUUUAGCAGUGAUUAGCGGUGAGGUGCGCCGAAUACAUAGAAACCGCGCUCGUGCGUUCCUAUGAAGAUGACCUACUCAUUUGUAUUUACUCUGCCGGGACCGAUACUGGAGUCGUACAGCGAUCCGAGCAAACGUUUUCACCACCGAGCGCUCGUUUUCGAGUUCGAUCACCUGUACGCUCCAGAUAGCGGUCCACAAGUUUGAGAUUUAAGACUGAUUGUAAGUUAAUUUUAAACGUAAGAUGUACUAAUAAUGCAUGUUUCAGCAAAUAUUAUAGGUAUUCGUCAAUUGUUUUAUUGUAAACUGUAUUAUUAAUAAUUGACUUGCGCUGAUUAUAAUUAUUAUAAUAAUUCAUUAGUUCGUAUGUGAUGUGCCAAUAAUUUACUUAGUUUUUACCGUUGCCUCAUUAAUACUCUUGCCAUAAUUUUUACCUAUGAAGUUAUUUUAAACUAAAAUACAAAUGACGUAAAUUGCAAUAUUUUACACAUUACGUGACGCUGUAACAAAUAAUAAAGAGUACAAUUUACAUGCUCAAUGUUAAUUUCAAUCAAUGUUUUUCUUUUUAUUAUGUAUUUCACAAGUGAUAUUUUUAAAAUCUAUUUUGGUAAGUAUGUGACAUCUUAAUAAAAUUAUUAUUUCAAAUCA